AUGGAGGCGGUUGACUCUGAGAAGGCUACGGCAGCUGAGAAGUUCUUGGCUCAUGUGACGAGGAGAACCAAUUUCAGUUGGCCAAUGAGGAAGAUGAAAGUGCUGGAGGUGCGUUCCAAGCCGUAUGGGUAUGUGAAGGCCGAACUAGUGAUCGAGAAAGAACACUGCAACGCGCGCAACGUACUGCACGGUGGAAUGGUAUCACUGCUUGUUGAUGUGGUUGGGGUCAUGGCAUGGAUCGCUAAGGACGGCAGGGCUGCUAUUGGUCCGUCCAUCGAGUUCAGCACGUCAUUCGAACGAUCAGCCGAGCUGGGCGAGACGAUCGUUAUUGAGGCGAAGUGCACUAAGAGUGGCCGCUCUCUGGGCUUCACAGGUACAGAUAUCUACCGCAAGGGCGAUGGACUGCUGGUCGCAUCAGGGAGACAUACACUAGUGAGGUCCAAGGUGUAG